CCUGCUGCAUCAUCACGUGUCCAUAGCAACUGUGACCGAAAUGAUAUUUUCAUGCGCAAACGCGCAGCUGAAGGUCGGGACGAUGAUUUAACGCGAUGGCGGAGAAGCGUCGCGCCGGUGUCGCAAUCAUGUCCGACUCCAAAUCUGCCAAAGCCGCGGGCGAUGAGCAGCUGCUGUCGCAGGCUGGGGUCAGCGCGCUGCUCCGGGGUGCUCUGCUCCGGCUGCUGGAGUCCAGGCCGCAGGACCCCGUCGGCUUCCUGGCCGAGCAUUUCGCGCAUCUGUCGUCGGAGGCUGAAGACGGAGCGUCGGAGCGUCAGAGCGUGAGCCGCGCUCUCUGGCACCUGAGCCUGGCGCAUCACUCUCACAGGUCAGCGUUUAACAACAACGUCCGUGUGGCGUAUGAGCUGCUGACGCAGAGCGUCCCGCGUCGUCUCGGUGCCGGCGGUGUUCGCGGGAGGCUCUACUCAGAGAUGCUGCGGUGUUUGUGCAGUGAAGGCGGGCUCUCGGGCUCCACCGCCGCUCCGCUCCUGCGCCGCAUCCAGAGCCACGACUACGAGUCCGUGCCCUUCGAGCUCUUCCGGCAGGGUGUCCUGACCUGCGCCGUGUUCGCCGACUACAUCCGUAAGUCUCAGUGUCUGUACGCGGCGGUGGCCAGCGCUCCGGACCGUCCCGCUGAGAGGACGCUGUGCCAGGCGGUGCUCUCCACCCUCCGCGAGGCGCUGGAGACGGCAGGCGGCGCUGACGUGGCGCGAUAUCUGGAGGCCAGCGCCAAGAUCUCUCCCGCCAAAGUGGCUCAGGCCAUGGCCGAGGUUCAGCCGCGCGCGGAGCAGCAGGACGGUCCCACGAUGGACGCGCAGGAGUUUGAAGACGCCGCCGCCGCGCUCUUCAUCGCUCGAGUGCGAACCGUCACCUGAAAUCACCAGGAGUUCUGCAUGGAUCAUUAUCACUGAGAGCCGAGCAUACUGCACAAACAAGAGUAUAUUGAACGUUACAUCUUAAACCAUUGCGUCAUGUUGCAUUCAAGUUUGACCGUUUAGAUGUUGUGAAAUUGUUCAAACAUUGGCGUUUUCUCAAGCCGUGUGACUUCACACUGCUGUCUUGUUUUCCAGCACAAAUAUCUAAAUAUUCUUCAAUCAAGAUGCAUUUACCAGAGAAGCAAAAUGACAAGAUAUAAAGUCUUGUCUUCUGAAAGAAAUGCUCGAAGUUAAGUGAGUUUAUGCUUAAAACAAGAAAGUGAGGACAGAAACAUAAACUUAAUUCAAAGGGAA